AUGGACUAUGAAAAUAUUCCCAAUCUGUCACAGGUUGAAUCUGAACCUGCUGUUCAUACAACCACAAAACCAGAGGGAGAACCUACAGCUGUCAGCACUGCCCCUAACACAAGUUCAGUCUUCACCUCCAUCGACGAAGAGAUCUCAGGUGAUCAGACACCUGCUAUGUUUACCAAAGAGUAUGCAGCUACAACAACUACAGUUUCUUCUCUGUUUAGCACAGAGAAACACACAACAUUAUUACAGGAAUCUGUAACAACAGAAACUGAAGGCACAGACCAAACCAAGGGACCAGCGGUUACUUCCUGUUAUUGAUGAGGCAGAGGCAGAGACGAGCCCAGUACUACAGGUAAUGAAAACAACAAAAUCACCAGAAGUGAGUACAGCUAUUGAUCAGACCGAAAAGCCAUCAGACUCUGAGGAGUCUGUUACUCCAAGUGUUGAUGACACAGAAACAGGUUCUACAGAUGAUGAGAGUUCUGUAGACAAGACAACUCAGAUGACAACCCAGAAGUCUCUAGAGACAGAAGUUCAUUUGCACAGUAGCACAGCCAACCCAUUUCAGACAUCCACAUCACCAGUCUCUGAAUCCGUGAGUGCCUCUGCUAAAAUAACUGGUGAUAGUGAAGAAACAGAACAGACAGAAUCAACCAGCACAGAACAGCCAUCAGAUGUUCCCAGUUCAAUGGAAAGCACUGUGAGCUCAGUCCUACCUGAUACAGAUGAGGAGAGUUCAGGUGACCAGACUCCUGAUAUGUUUACCAAAGAGUCUGUCACAAUUUCAGCUGAGUCUCUGUAUAGCACUGGGAAACCUACAGUAUCUUCACAUGAAACUGUAACAGCAGAGACUGAAGUCACAGAGGAAACAGAGAGGCCAUCAGGCUCAGAACAGCCAUCAUCUACUCCUGUUAUUGAUGAGAUGGAGACAAGCCCAGUCCUCUCCUCUACAGACAAAAAUAGUUCAGGUGAUCAAACCCCUGAUAUGUCUACCAAAGAGUCUGCCACUGAACAAGUAACAACCACAGCAAUGCCACAUGUAAUGACCACAAGAGCAGAUAGUGAAAAGAUGGCAACUGCAAAAGUGUAUUCUCUGUACAGCACAGAAAAACCCGACUCAAUGAGUGACCUUUCCUCUGCUGAAAUAACUGCUGAUAGUGAAGAAACCGAACAGACGGAAUCAACCAGCACAGAACAGCCAUCAGGUGUUCCCAGUUCAAUGGAAAUCACUGUGAGCUCAGUCCAACCUUAUACAGAUGAGGAGAACUCCGGUGACCAGACUCCUCAUAUGUUUACCAAAGACUCACCAACUACUACAUUUUCUUCUCUGUAUAGCACUGAGAAACCUACAUCAACUUCACAGGAAACUGUAACAGCAGAGAGUGAAGUCACUGAUCAAACAGAGAGACCAGCAAGCUCUGACAAACCAUCAGUUACUGAUGAUACAGAAACCAGCUACGUCUUACCUUCUACAGAUGACAAGAGCUCAGGUGACCAACCUGACAUCUUUUCUGAGGAAACGGCAAUGCCCACAACCAGUCCCAUGCUGCCUGAGGAAGAUUCAAGCCAGUCUGUUGAAUCUAUAACAACACCCGCACAGAGCUUUGAAUCAACUUUUGUCUCCACUGCUUCUCCAGUGAAGACUGAUGCUGUACUAUCUACAUCAGAGGAUGUUGAAGCUUCAAGCCAGGUACCUACAACAGAGGAUGCUUCUCCUAUUGCAGAGGGCAGCUCCAAACAAGAGGCUGAGGUCGAAGAGACAGCCAUUCCUACCAUUGUUUUCUCCUCUAACUGAGAAAGUGUUAGUAACUAAAGUGUAUAGUACACCAUCUGCAACGGCAGACAUCGAUGAAGUAGUGGAAUAUGAAAGUAUUACAGAGCCCUUACAGGUUGAAUCCAAACCUUCCCUCGUUGAAACUAAACCUUCCCUCAUUGAAACUAUCACAAAACCUGAGGUAGAAGCAACCAUGCUCAGCACUGUCCCAACACAGACUCAGAAGAUUGAGAGUGCAUCAUCAAGUUCAGAGAGCAGUUCAUCGAGCAGGUCAGAGGAAGAGUCUUUGACUCGGUCAGUAUUAGCCUCCUCCAGCUCUGAAAGCAGCUCAGGAAGCAGCUCGGAGACCAAGGUGACCAUUGCUUCCACUGUGAAGCCAGAGAGUGACACAACAGAGGAGACCACUCCAUCCCUCUCUGUUAUUCAGACAGAAUUGGUAGCCACUGUCACUGGUUCACCCUCUCUCAUGCUUCCUAGGGCUGAAAUUGAGUCAGCCGGUUCUGAGAGCAGUCCCAAAGGAAAGACGGGUUCUGAGAAGCCAGAGAUUGAUAGAGAAACCACCCCAUCGUCGGCUGAGAUUCAGACCUUAUUUCUGCCAGGUGUUACCAGUCCACCAUCUCUCAAGUCUCCAGACACUGGGGCGGAGUCCGUUAGUGUCAAAAGCUCCCAUGAAAAACAUGAAGCAGUGGGUCAAAUUGAGGAAGUUGUUACUCCUGCCACUAAGAUGCCAAUGUGGGAAAUGCCAGAGUACACAACUGUCUCGCCAGCUGAAACACAGAGCCAGGCAGAAUCAGUCUCUAUGAUCCAAAGCACUCCUUCAUCUGUGUCUGAGGAGGAGGAAAGUCUGGACUAUGAUAAUGUAUCAGGACCUACAUUAGUCGAGGGUGAACCCCCCAUCAAGGUAGUGGAAACUAUCACUUCAGCUGAGACUGGACUGGAUUUGGGCCACACGACUGUUGGUGAGACAGUUGAGAUUGCAGGUAUGUGAUUUUACAAAUGGCGGCCAAUACUAGAAUUCUAUUUUGUGUUAUGGAAAUAAUAUCAUAUCAUACUUUUUACCGUUUGUCAUUUAACGUUUGUCUUCUCCAGAAUGUGAAAUCAAUUGAAUGUUUGUUUUCUUCUUUUUACUUCUAAUCUAAACCACAGGCAUCCACUCCUGUGCUGAGAACAUUUGUCUGAAUGGGGGCUCUUGCUACAGAAGCGGAAGUCUCCAAUCUUGCGGCUGUGCCCCUGGCUACAGUGGAGAUCGAUGUGAAACAGGUAUGCCAAGAAUGGUUUUCAGUCAGUGGUGGACUAAGCGUUUUAGAGUGUGAUGAUCUGUUCUCAAUAUGCUAAUGAAAUGUAUCUCAAAUAAGACACUUUUUGGUGGCUUACUGGUGUAGCAGCGUCGGUGCAUUAGCCAUGUGCCAAAAUUAGAUGAAUGGUAUUAUCUGCAAAUUAUUUGAAUUCUUCGAGUUCAUCAGACAAUAAUUAGUUUUCGUGUUUACGCUGCAAAAUGCAGCUGUCCCCCCCCACCAUCUGAAUGGUUAUGCAGUUCUUGAAAAAGAAUUGGUUUCCUGUGCAGUGUAAUCUACCCAUGUUUUUUCACAAUUAUUUUCAGACAUUGAUGAAUGUCAAUCCAACCCCUGUCGCAAUGGAGGUACCUGCAUUGACGGCCUGAAUUCCCUCACCUGUGUUUGCCUCCCAAGCUACGCUGGAUUGUAUUGUGAAGAAGGUAUGUUUGUUACAAUUUCCAUGGGAUCCGUCAGUAAAACCUCUGUCAGUAUGAUUCUCUCCUCGUCUAACACAUCAGCUUAAUCAAAGAAUUUCAUUAGGUAUUUGUUUUAGGUUGUUCCAGGCUUCCAGCUAACCCUAUUUAUUUAUUUUUUAUGUCCGACCUACAGUGUAUCCACACGUUAGAGCAAUGGUACAUACAAGGGAGAAUAUGACAUUGUUUAUUUUACUAUGUCAUUGUUCUUAGCAACAGUGUGAGGUGCUCCAGAGCUGGUUUCUAUUUCACACAGAAAUACAUCACUGAUCAUUGAAUUUAGAUCACAGAGGAAAGACAUUUGGCAUUGUUGGGGAAAAGUGAUAGAUCUCCAGAUAGUGUGCGUGUGUGAGAUCUAUCUUAAUCCGUGAUCAGCCCUUGGGAAAUAGAGAGACUAUGAGACUGAGUCAUUAAAACACUGGAGUUAGAGGCCAAGUUAAAGUAGAAAUGUGUGGUCACCUCCCACCUCACAGCACAGCUCCAUUCAGUGCCUUCUCCAUAACCCCUGCUGCUUCCACUCACAGACAGUCUCUGAGUCAUAAACAUCUUUAUUUAUGUCUUCAGGACGUCCACAUUUUACAGGCCUUAGUGUUGGCCUCAGGGGCUCAUACUAUUAAGAUAUAGGGUAGUGUUGCUAAACACAUUGCCAGGGGCUACAGUCUCUACAAAUUCCACAUGACUGGAAACACAAUGAAGAAAUCACAGACAUUUGGUUGAUAACCACCCAGUCCAGGUGUAAAGGAACUUUCCAGUACACGUGUGCUAGACUUCAAGACGCUCAACAAUGAUGCAAUCAUUCACUGGCCUUAAGCAGGGAAUGUGAAAGGAAUCAGUAGACAUUACUGUAUUUGUUCAACAGAACCUGGGUCGGGACACUCAUUGACAUUGAUGGGUGUAAUAACUAAGGAUGAUGUCAUCCAGACCAACUCAUAGCCUCUUAUUCUCUAGCGAGUCUAUAGCUUCGCUGCACCUCAUUUUGUCCCUAGUGUGUUGACCAAGGGCAUCAUCCACAAUGGCCAGUUUGUCCUGACCACACCCCGAAUGUUGAUGCCGUCACUCAUCAGGGCCGGAUCCCGUGUGCUAAAACCCAACUCUUUUCUAAGGGUCUCGUGCCAGAAGAGAAACAGUAAAGGAGGACAAACAGAGAAAAGGCCACGAUGACCUCUUUCUGUGUGUGUGUGUGUGUGUGUGUGUGUGUGUGUGAGAGAGAGAGAGAUAACUGUAUCAUGACAGGGUUACAAUCAAAAUUGUUCAUAAAAUCUGAUAUUGAAAAAAGAAACAUAGAUAACUACUAGUGUAGGCUAACUGAUCUUUUUUCGAGAAAUUGUUUUUUUGACCAAUCAAAGCUGAUCAAAACACCACUAAGUGAAAAAAAUAUCUAAAUUGGGCUGCCUGUGUAAACGCAGCCCUUAUGUAACGAGGUUAGGAGAUGUUAUUCUUCCGGUGUGUCUUAGAAUCUGAGGGGAUUGAUAGCUGAAGAAUGUGUAAUGCUUCAUACUUAGAUUUUGAUGUUGGGAAACCCCUGCCAUGGUUCCGAUUACAGUAACUGCUGUAGGAAUAGCCAGCUGAUGCUCAACUAUAUUAUGGAAUAUUAAUUUGUACCAUGUCAGGGGUUCCCAACAUAAGUCUAUGUAUGCAGAAUAUGUGACCUGUCCACCCCUGUAACUAUUCACCUUGCAGAGCAGUAUAAAUUACAUUCCAAAAUUGUAGUCUUACAGUAUUUCACUUUUAAUUAGCUAUGAUAAUAAUAACCUUCAUUUGUUUAGCAUUGUCUCAUACAAAACGGUGUAGGCCUAGCCAAAAGUUAAGACACAAUUCAACUCUCAAGACCUGGGAUUUGGGGCAGAUCCAGUACACAGUACACACAGCUAUCCAGGGUUUGAGUGUGACACUCCUGCUGUUGUAGACCUUAAGUGUCUUCCUUUGUUUGACCUCCCCACUCGUUUAGUGGUGCUGGGGGCUAAAGGAGGCAGCAGCCAUAUCUUGACCCUGAGAGAGAGAAAUAAAGAGAGAGGGAUAGAGAGAUAGCUCUGAUGAGUGUGCCUGAGAUAGCAGCAGGGCCAGAAGACUCAGGAUGACCUUAAGACACACAGUACCCCGCUCUCUGUCUUUCUCCCAAUUAUCUCCUUAACCUAAUUGGUUAAUGAGAUAACAAACAUAAGAUAGGACCAGGCUCCUACAGGUGUUGGACAGAUUGGACAUUCUUAGGGCAGAUUCUAUUUUUCAGUGAAAGAGUAUUGGAAUAUGUGUAACCUUUUAUAUUCAUUAAUCAUAUUACAAUUUUUUGAAAUGUUAUAGACUCAUGCAUUGUUUACAAUCUAUUUUGCCCCCAUUAACAAUUUUUGAAAAUGCUGUGGUUUUUCAUAGACAUUCUGUCUACGGCGAAAGUCUGUGUCAUUGUCUGUGGAUUCCCAGCUGCACUCAUCUUCUCUGUGGUACCUUUGAAACACGUCUCUCACAAAUUCUCCUCUCUCCCCCUCUCCCUCUCUCCCUCCCCUCAGACACUGAGACGUGUGACUACGGCUGGCAUAAGUUCCAGGGACACUGCUACAAGUACAUCCCCCAGAGGAGGAACUGGGAUACAGCAGAGAAGGAUUGUCGGGUACAGGGGGCACACCUCACCAGCAUCCUCUCCCAUGAUGAGCAGCAGUUUGUCAACCGUAAGUGUGAUAUCACACACACACAUGCACAUACAUGUCACACAAACAAUACUAUUAGUUGCACACAAGACACAACCAACUAACAUUUUCAUUACCAGACAGUCAAGCAGACAGACACUCUUGCAUAGAAGAAUGCUCAAUAACACAGUAUUAACAAUCUGUAAGUUACUUCUACAGUAUGUCACAGAAAGUAUACCUCUUAAGGCACAACCCCUGCAGGGUAGCAGCAAAUAGUAGGAUUAUCCUACAUCUGGAACGGAUUUCCAGAAACACCAGGGAAUUCCCAAGACUUUUAUACCCAUGCUGCUCGCCUUAAAGUCUGUAUAUGCUAAUCUCAUCAGUGGGCUGUGGACCAAUAGUUAAAGAGGCAUAGUGGAUGACUACAGUAGGUUUCUGGCUGGUUGGCAGCGCCAGUAGAGUAGACGACAAACGUCUCGACAGAGAGAGAGAGAGAACACAGGCAGGCAGUUGGAACAGGAAGAGUGAUGCAUGUGUAGAAAAAUGCCUCUCUCUCUUUAUGGAGGGACUGAAAGAGGCCUAAUAAGGCAGUGGAAUCAACUCAUUGACCUCCUGUGUCUCAUUGUGCCAUGCACGGCAGGUCUUGGACAGGACUACCAAUGGAUCGGCCUGAACGAUAAGAUGUACGAGAAUGACUUCCGCUGGACCGACAGCAUACCCAUGGUAAGAAGGGGUUCUCACACUUUUUUGCCUCAAUAAACAGUUUUAAAUCCUGUUAAAUAUUUAGAAGGAUGAUGCUGACAAACACCAUCGCAUGGGAGAUGUCAUUUCCUGCGGUAGUGAAUGAAGAAUCUCGCUGUGGUCACUUUCUCAUGACGUACCCUACUUUGUCCUCGACACCCUGUUGGAUGAGCGCACUGGCUUGGUGUCAUGCUACACUACAUGUCCAGUGACAUCGGGUGCCACUCACAGACAACAAUCUCUGUAAUUCACAAACUUUAACAGUAACCACACUGGCUUGAAUUGUGUGUCUGAGUGUAUGAGAGAGAAAAAAUGAGCCACCAGGUGUGCCUCAGUAUGUAACGUAUGUGUCUGCACAAGUGGAAGCGUGUUUGUUUGUGGUUGUGUAAACUCACUGCAGAUUCCCCUCACAAAACAGGAAAGUGGUUAAUUACUACUUUCAGCCACAUUAUACAGAUUAACUCUUCACUUCAAAGAUAAGAGCCCACCGUCACCAGGGGAGAGGGGGAGGGGGGAAGUGCAGAGAGGGCCUGGGGGGCAGGAGAUAAGUUGUGUCCGUUUGCAGCAGGAUCCCCUCAGCUGAGAGAGAUGGGAAUAAAGGUGUCAGUGAUGCGGAAGAGAGAGGAGCUGACAGGCGCAGACAGGUACAUGCCUCCCCUCUCCCCCCUCUCCUCAGGAGCACAGCAGGCAGCCGGGGGAAGGGCCAACAACCAGCAGCCAGACACACAGAUGGGCAGCACCUGUGCCCGGCAGCAGAGAGAGAGAAGGGGGGGGGGGGGCAGGGUAGGGUAGUGGGCCUGGGUGGGUGGUCAGCUUUACUGUAUCUCGGCUUUAUCUGGGAACAGAGAGUGUAUUAACAUAACUGGUAUUAAAUACGAGAAGGAAAAAACACAGACAUGCAUAUAACACGCUCAGCGUUGAUUCUCAAUUCAUUCAGGAAAUGUAUGAAUUCUAGUGUGUGUGUGGGAGGGGGGUGGGUAAGUUUGGUUACGUGGGAGAAAGAGUUUGAUUAUUUUGGGGAGGAUGCGGGGGGCUGUUGUGGGGUUGCCCAGGCGGGUGUUUGUUGAGUCAGUCAGCUGAGCAGGAAGCUGAUGUGUUUGCUAACCGUAAUAACAGGGUUCCUGCAUUGGGCCUCGGGGGAGGAAUGGGGAGAGGGGAGGGGGGGUCACAGCUUUGAACAGACUAUUUGAACCAAAAGCCUCGCUGAGAGACGGUAGCUCUGAUCAAUGCAGCAGUGCAUUCCACACAGCUCUGAAGCUGUGUCUAUAUACUGUGUCUGUGUGUGUGUGCAGAGUUACAAUACAUGCCUGGAAUUACUAGUGUUUGUGGGAUGUAAUGACAUACCACUAUCGGCGUAGGCCGUCAUUGUAAAUACGAAUUUGUACUAAACGGACUUGCCUAGUUAAAUAAAGGUUUUAAAAAUAUAUAGAUAUACAGUGUAUAUAUUGUAUGUUGUUGGAAAUGUGUACACCACAGGAGUUUGGUGGCACCUUAAUUGGGGAGGACAGGCUUGUGGUAAUGGCUAGAGUGGAAUAAGUGGAAUGUUAUCAAAUACAUCAAUCACAUGGUUUGAUGCCAUUCUAUUUGCUCCGUUCCAGCCAUUAUUAUGAGCCGUCCUCCCCUCAGCAGCCUCCUCUGGUGGACACUCUUAGAAAAAAGGGUUCCAAAAGGGUUCUUCAGCUGUCCCUAUAGGAGAACAGUUUUUGGUUCCAGGUAGAACCCUCUGUGGAAAAGGUUUUACAUGAAACCCAAAAUAGUUAUUCUUGGAACAAAAAGGGUUUUUCAAAGGGUUCAAAGCCGAAGAACAGUUUUAGGUUCUAGAUAGCACUUUUUUUCCUAAGUGUGUAGUGUACAGUGACGAUAGCAAGGCAUUGAGAAGCCUCCGUCUCUUAACCCCACUCCCACCUUGUUAGAAAUAAAACAAUUCCUAACAUAGGAAAAUUAUAUUAUUAGUGUAGCAUUUGGAAUAUACUUUCCAUGGAUGAGUAGAUAAUAUGCAAUUCUCCAAAAUGGAUCUGUGUCCACCAUCUUACAAAUUGGCAAUAUGACAUUGUAUUUGUAGUAGAAACCUUCUAUUUCCCAUGACUAUUUCCAUGCUGCUCAGCACAUCUCUGUAGCAGUGUAAAUGUUUAUCUGAGCAGGGCUCACAGGCUGUUUACUUUUCAAGUGAAGCCUCUCUCAGGGUCCCAGUGAAAACGCUGGACAAUGAUGUCAUAGUGUAGCUGGUCUUGCAGUGUCCUUUGGGAACUCUGAGGCAGCAGGGUGGAUGGGGUGAUGUGAGGAUAGAGGACAGAUGGGUGGAGGGGGUGAGGAUAGAGGACAGAUGGGUGGAGGGGGUGAGGAUAGAGGACAGAUGGGUGGAGGGGGUGAGGAUAGAGGACAGAGGGGGUGAGGAUAGAGGGGAGGAGGGGGUGACAAUAGGGGCUAAGAGAGUGGUCAGAGAGACAGGGGUAGGAGAGUCAGUUUGAAAGAGGGAGAAAGUGAAAAGUGAUUUAGCUUACCCAAAGUCACAGUACAUUCUACAACUCUUGGUUGCCAGAUCUUGGUUUUAAGUAAACAUGUGUUUUAAAGAAUAAAUCUGGUAAAAAAAAAAAAAAAAAAAAGUAGUUGUGUUGUCUAUAGGGCCACAACAUGACCAUUAUCAUAGUUACAGAUGUGUCAAUAAGUCUGUUGAUCUGAACAGGCAAGAGGAAUAUAGUGCCCCCCUGUGGGGAAUCUAAGCAUCACAUACAUCUGUCACAAUUGAGUCAUUCAGAAAUUGCCUCACCAACGUAGCUACACUUACUACAGUGAACAAAAAUAUAAAUGCAACAUGCAAAGUGUUGGUUGCAUGAGCUCAAAUUAAAGAUCCCAGAAAUGUUCCAUACACACAAAAAGCUUAUUUCUCUCAAAUGUUGUGCACAAAUUUGUUUAUAUCCCUGUUAGUGAGCAUUUCUCCUUUGCCAAGAUAAUCCAUCCACCUGACAGGUGUGGCAUAUCAAGAAGCUGAUUAAACAGCAUGAUCAUUACACAGGUGCACCUUGUGCUGGGGACAAUAAAGGGCCACUCUAAAAUGUGCAGUUUUGUCAUACAACACAAUGCCACAGAUGUCUCAAGUAUUGAGGGAGUGUGCAAUUGGCGUGCUGACUGCAGGAAUGUCCACCAGAGCUGUUGCCAGAUCAUUUAAUGUCUACCAUAAUCCAACUGAAACGUCAUUUUAGAGAAUUAGGCAGUACGUCCAACCGGUCUCACAACCGUCCUGUGGGCGAGUGGUUUGCUGAUGUCAACGUUGUGAACAUAGUGCCCCAUGGUGACAGUGGGGUUAUUGUAUGGGCAGGCAUAAGCUACGGACAACGAACACAAUUGCAUUUUAUCGAUGGCAAUUUGAAUGCACAGAAAUACCGUGACGAGAUCCUGAGGCCGAUUGUGAGGCCCAUUUCUUUUAAGGUAUCUGUGACCAACAGAUGCAUAUCUGUAUUCCAAGUCAUGUGAAAUCCAUAGAUUAGGGCCUAAUGAAGUUAUUUCAAUUGACUGAUUUCCUCAUAUCAACUGUAAAUCUUUGAAAUUGUUGCAAUAUUUUUGUUCAAUGUAUAUGAAAGGCUAUUGGUAACAGACUGUGAAUGUGAAACCAAUGGCAUUUGUUUUUAUAUUUUCAACAGCAGUGUUGCUCCCUCCUGCUGCAUCAAACAAUGCAUCUUACACAUUAUUGGUAAAAGCCCAAGUUCCUUUACUAUCAAUAGAGUCUAACUUGGUACACUUAUGUGCAAUAGCAAGGGGGAGCUGGUGGGUCGUGUUAGGGGUAAGAAAUAUUUGGGAUUUAUUGUGAUAGUGAAUGUACUGAUUGUGUAGCCUUUGCCCUAGAGGUGGCUUAAGACUGGACUAUCACUGACCAUAUCUACUGUUCCAAUUUUACCACAGAGAUAAGCAGUGUUGUCAGCAUGCCGUUAGCUGUCAUUCUUAGAUAAAGAGAGUGCGUGUUUAUGUAUUGUAUUCAGGUAGGACAAAGUGAGACACUGGCUAGUGGAAAAUCUCUAAGUUGUAUUUACGGAGAUCCUGGUCUGAUCCUACUUGAUUUAAUGGUAUGCCAAUUUGUUGUUUAGGACUUAUGAUUUAUUGAUGAUGCACUGUCCAUAUAGUUAGGCUGAUCAUGUAUUUUACUUUUUAUAUUAUCAUCACAUUUUAUAUAUGUUUCUCCAUAUGUACCAAUAUGUUGAAAUGAACUUAAACCUGAUGAUGACGAUGAUCAUCCAUUCAUAUGUUUUUUUUUCCGUUUUUUUUCCCAUCAGCAAUAUGAAAACUGGCGUCCCAACCAGCCGGACAGUUUCUUCUCGUCUGGAGAGGACUGUGUGGUGAUGAUCUGGCACGAAGACGGCCAGUGGAACGAUGUGCCCUGCAAUUAUCACCUCACCUUCACCUGCAAGAAAGGCACAGGUAAGACAAAGUUAUUUCUUGUUGUUUUUAUUUUAAUUUUCUUUGAAAUGUGUGUUGAGACAAUAAAUUGUGACUUGACUGGACUGAAUACAAUUUUUAAAAAAGCCACAACAAUACUUUUUGCCAUAUUUUAGAUACGGGACUGUGUUCACCACACCUACACAAUGUAAAAAAUACAGUGCAUUGUUGAGCUAUUCCAGUCCACUGACUGUGUACAUUAUUCAUUCAUUCAUUCAUUCAUUCAUCUAUUCAGCCAUCUACCCCUGUGUGUUCUCCUCAGUGGCCUGUAGUCAGCCCCCUCUGGUACUGAACGCUCAGACCUUCGGCAGGAAGAGGUCACGCUAUGAGAUCAAUGCUCUGGUGAGGUACCAGUGUAAGGACGGCUUCAUCCAGAGGCACGUGCCAACCAUCCGUUGCCGUGGAGACGGCCGAUGGGACAUCCCCAAAAUUGCUUGCAUGAGUCGUAAGUACAGUAGAUUGAGUGACGCUAGUGAGGAUACCUUUGUUUACUGGUUUUCACUCCACAAGUGCUAUUGUUUCUCCCUUAGCAUCAAACUUCCAAAGGACCUUCUCAAGGAGGCACCAGAGCUACAGCCUGUUCAGCAGUAACAACUACAAGCGGCGGUCCGACGAGGCGGAGGCCCGACACAGUCCUCGCCAUCAAGGAAGGAGAGCGAGGAGAUCGGUGAACAGGCGAAACAGAAGACGGUGA